CAUGGGCAACAUGGUUGUAGAGGUGUAACUGUGUCCAUCUGCCUGUUUAUUCGCUUCUGUUGAAGAGCGUUUGUGUCAAUUUGACAGCUCUAAUUAUAUCAAGUAAUACAUAUUAUCAAGCAGCCCAGCGGUCAAAAUGAAUAUACGCAACGCACGGCCAGAGGAUUUGAUGAACAUGCAGCACUGCAACCUGCUGUGUCUUCCAGAGAACUAUCAGAUGAAGUACUACUUCUACCACGGCCUGUCCUGGCCACAGCUAUCAUACAUAGCAGAGGAUGAGAACGGGAAGAUAGUUGGAUAUGUUUUGGCAAAAAUGGAGGAGGAUCCUGAUGAUGUGCCUCAUGGACACAUUACAUCACUGGCCGUUAAACGCUCUCACAGGCGUCUUGGACUGGCUCAAAAACUGAUGGAUCAAGCCAGCAGAGCCAUGAUUGAGAACUUUAAUGCCAAAUAUGUCUCUUUGCAUGUCAGGAAGAGUAACCGGGCCGCUCUUCACUUGUACUCCAACACACUUAAGUUUCAGAUUAGUGAAGUAGAGCCCAAAUAUUAUGCCGAUGGAGAAGAUGCUUAUGCCAUGAAGAGGAAUCUCACACAGAUGGCAGAUGAGUUGCAGAAACCAGGUGUUCGCCUGUGGGGCUCAGAGGCUCCGGCAUCUCAGGACACAUCUGUGACCGGCCUGGUGGAGAAGCUGACGGUGCAGGAUGGAGAUGGAGACAGCGGAGGAGAGAGUAAAGAAAUGAGUGAGGUCAGCGAGGCCACGGAGAGCACAGACGUCAAAGACUCCUCAUCAGACUCUUAACUCACAUCUCAGUCUGUUCACACCCAUCUUAUAGGUUUCAAAUCGGUUUACAGUGUUUAUAAGCUCUGAUGGUUUUAUUUUCACAAUACAGGAAAGUGACCUUGUAAAAGUGGUUCACAAUGUUGAAAUUACUUGAGAUUUGUCAAUAAAAUUGGAGAGUAAACAUCA